GAUCCAUGGGUCCCUGCCCUACCAGUGAUGAGUAGCCCAUUUGGCCUCAAAGAUCAUCCGUCGGAGAUAGCGACUUCCUAUUUGGGCCAAGCAUCACCGUGCUGCCAUCCGACGGACAUGAGUAUCACCGGUAGUCUACAGGUAUAAAUGGAUAGAAUCCUCGCACUCCUAAGACUGAAAUAUCAUCAUCGGCACUAGACAGAUCACACGCAGACAUUCACAAACAGACAAACAUUCAGCAUGCCUUCCAACACUGCCGCAUGGCAGCCUACCCCCGGAGUCACUCUCGAGAUCAAAGACACUCCCUACACUGCUCCUUCUGUCGAUUCAAUCGUCGUCAGAAACCAUGCCAUUGCUCUGAAUCCAAUUGAUUUCAAGCUGCAGGACGUCGCCAUGUUCCCUUUUCUAUCCUACCCAACCAUCCUUGGAGCAGAUAUCGCUGGUGAAGUGGUCGAUGUGGGCAGUGCAGUUUCCUCGCGCUUCAAGUCUGGUGACAGAGUCAUUGCCCAAGCCGGAGGAGUCUCUUCCAACACUCCUUCUGGAUCGGCUUUCCAGGAGUACACUGUUGUCGCCGGUACCAUGGCCGCCCACAUUCCAGAUGAUCUCAGCUACACUGAGGCUGUUGUCAUGCCUCUUGGAAUCGCCACCAGUGCCUGUGGUCUCUUCCAGAAAGAUCAUCUCGCUCUACAGUAUCCAUCGCUUUCUCCCAAGCCCACCGGACAGACAGUACUGAUCUGGAGCGGCGCGUCCAGCGUUGGACUCAACGCCAUUCAACUUGCAGUGGCUGCUGGCUACGAUGUCAUUGCCACAGCAUCUCCUAAGAACUUCGAACUCGUUCGUAGCCUCGGUACCAGCGAGGUCUUGGACUACAACGUGGACUCCGCGACCCUUCUUGAGCAGCUCACCGAUGCGUUCAGAGGACGAGUCCUUGCUGGCGUCUUACAUACUGCUGGAGAUUCCGACCCCGCCGUCGCCAUUUGCGCAGAUCUGUUUCCCAGAGUUGAAGGUAACAAGUUCUUCACGACUACUGUACUACUGCCUGCACACAUUCCUGCUGGCGUCAAGUGCAACCGUAUCUUCGCAAGCACAAUCAAGGACAAUGGAGUCGCGGAGGCCGUGUUUGUCGACUUCUUGUCUCAAGCAAUCACCGAAGGCAAAUACAAACCAGCACCCCAAGCUGAAGUUGUUGGAAAAGGACUGGGAUCUCUGCAGAAGGGACUAGAUGUCUUGAGAAAGGGCGUAUCUGCCAAGAAACUUGUCGUGACUCUUAAGUAGCUAGACUAUAGCCUCUCAACCAAUACACCUCAUAUCCUCCCAUCUCUAUUCUCCAGCUUGAUAGUUGCAUGUCAGACUAGAGCUGUCAAAAGGCAAAGUCAAUUUCUACAAUAGAUACACUACCUCCGGGAGUCGAUUAUCAGCCGGUGGCACAACUGACUCCAGCGAACACUGCUCUGAUUCUGAGAAACAUUGUGCCUUGACACAGCCGCAUGUCACAGCCUCUGGCAUGAGGAGGAGAUGAUAUGGGGUAGGAGAAGAGACAGGGACCCCGGGCGGCCAUUGCAUCUGACCAUAAUUAUACCAUACUCUCCUGAUCAACGUCACAUCGCAAUCUGACCCUGUCAAAAGGCAAGGUGCUUUU